AUGCCGCUGUCGAGUCUCCAGGUGGCCUUUCUGGGCCCGCCGGCGUCCUUCUCCCACCAGGCUGCUGCCGAGUCCUUCCGUCGAGCCACCGCAGAUUUGGUUCCUCAUGUCUCUUUCGCGGACGCCUUUGCCGCCGUCCAGCGUGGAGAUGCCGACUACGCCGUUAUUCCCUUCGAGAACUCGACCAAUGGCUCCGUCGUACAAACGCUUGACCUCCUCGCCGACCGGAAUGACCUCUAUAAGGACGUCAAAGUCUGCGGAGAAUAUUACCUGACCGUGCACCACUGUCUUGUCGUUCGAAAAGGCUCAUACCCCGGCGGAUUACCGAGCUACGACGGUUCAAUCACAAAGUUGUAUACACACCCGCAAGCCUGGGGCCAAUGCGACAUGUUUCUCUCGCGUUAUUUUAAGGGCGUGGAAAGACAAGAUGUCUCGUCCACAUCCAAGGGCGCGGAGAUUGUCGCGAAGGAUACGGCUGAGCAGGGCGGCGCCAUCGCUAGUCGAUUUGCGGCCGAGUAUCACGGCAAUGGCAUUUUGGCGGAGAAUAUCGAGGAUCGAUCGGAUAAUACCACCCGAUUCUUGAUUCUGAGGAAUAUCCAGUCGCUGCGCACUGGCGAAGGGUAUCAUCAAAGUCUGAGCAUUCCUCCCUAUCUGUCUGCUCCUGCUCCUGCUCCUGCUUCCGAUCCUGCUCCAGGCCAGCCUCAGUCUGAAACAACACACAAGACCUUGAUCUCGUUCUCGAUCAACCAUUCUUCUCCUGGUGCUUUGGCAAGUGCGCUGUUGAUAUUCAAGGCGCAGGGAUUGAACCUUACCAGUAUCAACACACGACCCAGUUUGAAACGGGCGUGGCAAUAUAUCUUCUUCGUCGAGUGUGGGCGCCAGCCAUCUAACGAAAAUAAAGACGCCGUGCUGAAGGCUUUGAAUGACCUGCGAAUGGUGGCCGAGUCGUGUCGGGACUUGGGGACGUGGAGAGACCAGUUAGGCGCUGAAACUCUCCAAGAUGUUUGA